AUGGGGCUCUUUCGCUCUAGUAGAGGCGCGACGGCCGAGUCGAAUGUGAUUGAACUUGAGUCACAUGAAGGCGGAGAUGGUCCCGUGGGCAAAUCAGAGGCAGUGACUGCAAUUAGGGAAGACUCUGUCGACAAAGACGCGACUUCCAGUGGAGAAGGCGAGACAGAUGCACCUGCUCGAGCAGCCGAGGAUGAGUCCAAAUAUCCUCAUGGACCCAAGCUCUGGCUGCUUGUAAUGGGACUCUGCCUUACUAUCUGGGUAGUUGCUCUGGACAAUUCAAUCAUCGCAACUGCGAUCCCGAAGAUCACGACUGAAUGGCCCGAUGCAUUAAACGAUGUCGGCUGGAUUGGAUCUUCAUACCUUCUUACGACCACAUCUUUGCAGCCUUCCUUCGGCAAAGUCUACACAUAUUUUGACGUGAAAUGGACAUAUCUGUCAGCCCUGAUCAUCUUCGAAAUCGGCUCAGUCAUCUGCGCUGCAGCCACGAGCUCGACUAUGCUUAUCGUUGGAAGAGCUGUCGCUGGUGUUGGGGCUGCUGCUCUCUUUUCUGGAGGCAUGACUAUCAUCGGUUUCAUCGCUCCGCUGAGGAAGCGUGCAAUCUACAUUGCGUCGCUAUCCAGCAUGUUUGGAAUUGCCAGCAUUGUUGGACCGCUCUUAGGUGGGGUUUUUACAGAUCGCGCAACUUGGAGAUGGUGUUUUUGGAUCAACUUGCCCUUUGGCGCCAUUGGACUGGUUGCAGUGUUCUUUUUCUUCAGCAAUCCUGAGAGAAAGCACACAAACAUGACCUUCAGAGAGAAGGUUAAGCAGAUUGACAUUCUAGGCGCCUUCCUCCUCAUCUGCGCCAUUAUUUGUCUCCUUCUUGCCCUGCAAUGGGGAGGUACCACGUACCCUUGGAGCAACUCCAAAGUUUGGGGAUGUCUCCUAGGCUUUGGCUUGUUGAUCUCGGUCUUCAUCGCUUUACAGAUCAAGCUAGGAGACCGAGCCACCCUGCCACCUCGCAUCCUGGUCAAGCAGCGCACCGUACUGGUCUCCGCAGCGUACUCGGCCUUUUUCGCCAUGGGCAUGUACACCCACAUCUUCUACUUACCAUUUUACUUCCAGGCAGUCAAGAACACUUCGGCAGAAGGCUCCGGUAUCAGGUGUAUCGCCUAUCUUGUCUCGAACACGAUUGCUUCAGUUAUCGUUGGUGGAACCAUCACUGUCAUCGGUGUCUACGCCCCUUUCAUGUGGUUCGGAGCUGCCGUGUUCACCGUCGGUGCUGGCAUGCUCUAUACUCUCGAAGUUGGCUCUCCCGCUGCCAGAUGGAUUGGCUAUCAAUUGCUCGCUGGUAUCGGUUCCGGCUCCGCAAUUCAGAUCCCAUUCAUCGCUGUACAAGUCGUUCUGGAAGAAAAAGACAUGCCUUCUGGUAAUGCGAUAGCCAUCUUCUUCAACAGUUUGGGAGGUGCUAUCUCGAUCUCAAUUGCUCAGAACAUUUUCGCCAACACGCUGGUCAAGGACAUUAUCAAGAACGCACCUGGCGUCAAUCCAGCAGCCGUGAUCUCGGCAGGUGCCACACACGUUCGAGAAGUGGUUUCGGCAGAUCAAUUAGCUGGUGUGUUGAUGGCAUACAGUAAUGCCGUAACAUCAGCGUUCAUUGUACCUAUUGCGACCAGCGGCCUUGCUUUCAUCGUCAGUCUGUUUAUCGAGUGGAAAAGCAUCAAAGGCAAGAAUAUCAUGGGUGGUGGAGCUGCGUAA